UGGUGUGCCUCACCAGGGGCUGGUUAAAAAAAAACAUGCAAAACAAGGCAAUGUGUAUCCUGCUUGUAGGUCCUUUUUAUAUGAUGAUACUGUGCUAGUAGAUCUGAUGACGGUUGUGUUUCUCAGUCAGUUAUGAUCCAGCUGCUUCAUUUGUGUGUGCUCUUGAGCCUUACUGCCAAAUGUGCAACUGCAAACACGUCUCUGAACAACAGUCUUGCUAUGAUGACUGUCAGUGACUAUACUCAACUGACAUGCUGUCAUCCAGGCCAGAAUAUAUCACGCUGCUCUUUCUUCAUCAACUCAAGGGAAAUCAGCCAGGAAACAUACAAAAACUUUUGCUGUGAGCACCUUCUCAGUGGACAACAGCUAUUAGAGGGUAAAGCUGAAAAACAGCUCAUAUCAACUGUUAAUGUCCGCUGCGUAACCCAGCCCGACUUUGGCAAUAACAGCACCUACGUCACCAUCACAGUUUGGAGGCUACCCCUUUCUGGUAAACAUGCCGUCAUUUUGCUGCUUGUAUUCGGGGCACUGGUUCUGUUCUGUAUGCUCAUCUUCAUGCCUGUAUGCAUUUGGUACUGUGUUUCCAAAAAACAAGGAUGCAAAAGACAGUUUCAACCAGUGAGAUCUCAUGAACUGUACACCGACACACAAGGUGUAAAUCAUGGUAUUGAGGAAGCACAAGAAGACACGUCAGAGGUAGAGGAGUUAUUUUAUGCCACAGUGAAACACACAAGUAUUGAUGGUCUGUCUUCCAGAGUGAAGUUUGAAUCAGGGACCGACUAUGCUACAGUGGUCAUAAACUAAACAACCUGAAUGAUUGAAAACAUGUUCGAUGAUUUCUACCUUUACAAUUCAUGUUAGCUGAAGUUAUAGUUCCUGUAACCUAACUGUAGGCUUGUUGACGUUAUAUUGUAACCAAAUUUCCUAAAUAGGAUAUAAGAUAUUAAAAUAAAUUUGCAUCAAAGAAUAGUGA